AUGACAGUAGAUGGACCACCUACAAAAGAUACUGGCAUUGCCCGAGUGCCACUUGCUGGAGCUGCUGGGGGCCCAGGGAUUGGCAGAGCUGCUGGUAGAGGAAUCCCAGCUGGGGUUCCUAUGCCUCAGGCUCCUGCAGGACUUGCUGGGCCAGUCCGAGGGGUUGGUGGUCCAUCCCGACAGGUGAUGACCCCACAAGGAAGAGGUACUGUUGCAGCAGCUGCAGCUGCUGCCACAGCCAGUAUUGCAGGGGCCCCAACCCAGUACCCACCUGGCCGUGCAGGUCCUCCACCACCUAUGGGCCGAGGGGCACCCCCUCCAGGCAUGAUGGGCCCACCUCCUGGUAUAAGGCCUCCCAUGGGUCCCCCAAUGGGGAUCCCACCUGGACGAGGAACUCCUAUGGGCAUGCCGCCACCGGGGAUGCGGCCUCCUCCCCCAGGGAUGCGAGGGCCCCCUCCCCCGGGAAUGCACCCACCAAGGCCCUAG